GAGAGCUGUUCGUGUUUUGCGCAUGGGUUUGCGCCUUUGCUCACGCCCGUGCUGCAGUCAGUUUCUGUGAGCGUGGAUCAGACCGUGUGGGACUGGUCAGGCAGCGUACGUCAGCCGUGGGCAGGAGGGUUUCGACUUGACAUUCCCACAGGAAGAAGGAGAGGGUGUGAUGAUCGUUUACCUGCGCUUUACAACCUGCUGCUUGUACUUAUCGGUCGUCGAAGUGCGCUUGUUUUAGGACGCUAACCCUGGCUUUACUUGGGAGCAAAACGGAAGAGACUUUUCAGAAUGCAGAGAAAGUCCUGACUCGUGGCCCUAAGAUGAGCGUGACCUCCUGGUUCCUGGUGAGCAGCUCCGGCACUCGCCACCGGCUGCCACGGGAGAUGAUCUUUGUGGGUCGGGAUGACUGCGAGCUAAUGCUGCAGUCUCGCAGUGUGGACAAACAACAUGCUGUGAUCAACUACGACCCAAAAACAGAUGAACACAUGGUGAAGGACCUGGGCAGCCUGAAUGGGACUUUUGUGAAUGACUUGAGGAUCCCGGACCAAACCUACAUCACACUCAAGCUCUCAGAUGUUAUUCGCUUCGGUUAUGAUGUCCAUGUCUAUAUCUUAGAGAAAAGUCAACAUAAGGUACCAGAGGAAGCUCUCAAACAUGAAAAAUACACCAGCCAGUUGCAGCUGGGUAUCAAAGCUCUGGAGGCCAAGACGAAGGAAAAGCUGCUUCAUAGUCCAGACAAGAGCAAGGAUUUUGUCUCCAAAGGCAAGCUCCAGGACAGGACUGAGAGGAAGGCCCACUCAUGUACAGCUGCUACAGACACGCCAAUAUCAAAGCCCACUCCUCUGUAUGGUCAGCCGUCCUGGUGGGGGGAAGAUGAAGACCCUGAGAAAAAGAAGUCGCCCAGAGGAGGGAAGCAGCCAGAACAGGAUUCACCGGAUUCAACCAAAGAUUCCCCCAGAUAUGAGCUCAAUGGCUCUCUGUCUGACAGUCAGGCAAAGUCCAUUUUCUCUUACCGCCGAGAGCCUAGCUACUUUGAGAUCCCAACCAAAGAGCUCCACCAGCGUCCGGCCAAGAAACCAGAGUCGCCGGUGCAUGAAGUCCCCACAAAGGACAUCCCCGAUCAGCCCAAGAGCGUCCUUUCCACCCCGACCCCUCCUGUGGUGCAGAGCCAUGCCUCUUUCACUAUAGAGUUUGAUGAUUGCACACCGGGGAAAAUGAAGAUUAAGGACCACAUCACUAAGUUUUCAUAUCGCCAGCAGAAAAAGCUUCCCCACACACAAACUGCUGCUGCUCCCACUGAGGUCAUGUCAGCAGAAAGUAAAGUAGCAGACUGGCUGGUUCAGAGUAAUGUCAGUAUGAUGAGGAGGAGGUCACAGGCUGAGGACUUGUACAGUACAAUCAGUGAUCCCUCCAUGCAAAAACGACUCUCAAACUGGGACGACAGCACACACAGUGAUUCUGGCAUCCCCGGGACCAAUGGGAAUGACUUCCUUCCAUCAGAUCUUCAGUCUAAAUCCCACGUCUCUCGACGUCAGAGCCAUUCUCCUCCAGAACGCUACACAUCAUCUGAAUCCAAGGAGCCCACCUCCCUAGAACCACAUUCCUUUCAUGGUCACACCAAGACUGAGACUAAACAGGCGUUUGUCAUUGAAAUUUUUGAGGACAGUCAAAGAAAGAAGCGCUCUCAAUCUUUCACCAGUAACACUCCAGCUCCUGUGCCUGGACUCAGACCUGAGGUGGAGAGAUCCAGGAAGAGCCCCAGCCCAACCGAGGAAAGGACUCCUCCCACUCAGCGCUACACUGUGCCUCUAAAGGACUGUGACUCUCCAGGUCCUCAGAGGGCGGGCUCGCUGAGGAGGGAGAAGACAGAGGAACGCAUCAGCACCGGCUUCUCCUCUCGCUCCACCUCCUCUGUCUCCACACGGCCUUUCAGCAGUGUGGGACGCAAAUCCAAACUGGCCCGGGACUUUACUGCAGAAUUUCUUAAACAAACAAAACAGAAUGCUUCUGUAGAGAGAAAGUCUACCAGCCCCCCAAAUGUUAAAGCCAAUUUACCUGUUCAGGACCCCGACAGCCCCCCACCAUCCAUCACUGCCAAUCGGCCACAGACCUCUUCUCCCAUCCACCAUCCCGUGCCCCUCAACAGCACCAUGACCUCAGUGACACAAGAGGGUGCUGAAAUCAAGACCGCUCAGAGCAGCAGGAAUGAUGAGGAGGACAAUCUGAGUGACGCAGGCACUUACACCAUCGAGGCAGAUGUGCAGGACAAGGAGCUGGAGGAGGCCCGCAGCAAGAUUGACCAGGUGUUUGGGGUGCACACCAACCAAACUGAAGUAGAGGCAUCAACCACAGAUAGGCCUGUUAUUGUUAAUGACAGUGAGCAACAUAGACAGAAUAGCACUGGGCAGAUCCAGGCCCCUAAGUGGAUGUCUUGUUGGGCCAGCUUAGCAGACAGCUAUACAGAAUGCCCACCCCCAUCCUCUAUUUUGGACUCUUACCAGAUGGAGCAGUCUGGUGUUGGCUCCAGGCACAAAGUCACAUUGAGCCAAAGCCAGGUGAGUCCGGAGAUUCUGGACCAUAGUGAUUCCAGGACCUACCAGGUUUCAAUAAAUAAGGGGGACGCUGAAGCCCCCAGCAUCCAUGUCCAAUAUGACAUGCAGUCCACAUUUGACAUGGAGAAGAGCACUGCUCCCCGAUCUCAAGACAGUCUUCUGAGGUUAUCUGUUCAAGAUGAUGUUGAGCCGGACAGUUUAAGUGAUGCCAGUAAUUCAGGAGAUGGUUCUAUCAUUGAACAAAGGAGGAAACCCCUACAGGAUGCACAGGAAAGGAAACUAGACAAUCGCACACUUCAGUCCAAGUCCACAUCAUUUUACAUCGGCUCAGAGGAGAAUGUGACACAACCUGAAAACACCACAAAAGCAGAAAAGAAACACAGUGGGAAAACCUUCUCGACAGCCACACUGACAAAGCAGAGAGCGGUCCAAGAACCAGGAAAAGUUCGUCCCAGUAUUUCAGCUCCUCUCUUUGGGAACACUGCUGUGGGGGAGCUCUCAGAGGGUUCAGGGGUCACUCUGCUGAGACAGGAGAGCUUCACUACGGACCGGCCCAGCACUGCCCUGCUGCCACAUAUCUCCAGUCCGGAGUCUGCACAUGGCUCUGCCUCUCAGGACACUCACUCGUAUCUUAAACAGACGGAGGAUGUUCUGGCUACACUCGAGGCCAGGCUCCAGGGGGGACACACAGCACAAGGAAUGGAUUCUGCUGAGUCUGAUGUGGACACAUCCAGCUCUGUGAGCCAACAAAGUAACCAGACCAAACCACACCUAAUCAGUAAAAAGCCCUUCCCUUUCCACAGGGAGAGGUCAUCUGCCAGUAUCACCAGUCAGGACUCUGCUGUCCAGUCCUCAGUGUCAGAUAGAGCAGAAAAACAGAGAAGCUUCAAGACGGAUACUUUCAGGAAACCUGCAGGUUUGAGGCGCAGUGUGGGAAAACAUGGCUCCACAGACUUAAGCAAUGACCACCACAGCUCCAGUCGACAAUACUCAGACCAGGAGUCACACCACACCCAGGUGAGCAGGAAAUACACGGUGCCCCUGCAGAAGGAGGAGAGUAAGAGCACCAAAGUGUCCCAGGUUUUGAAUCGUGCCAACAGUCUGUCCGCUCCUCGACCCACGAGGGCAUCCAUGCUCCGACGCGCUCGCCUCGGAGAGUCGGACAAUGAGGGCACAGAGACUGAUAAAGCAUCCCGGGAUGAAGUUAAGCAACCUCAGGAACCUAAAAAACUCUCCAGAUGGGACAUGCUGGCCAUGCCUCGUAAGCGCACUAGUUCUUUUAACACUCCAAGUGACAAUGAAGCAUCAUCAGGCCCCCAGGGGACAGUACGGAGCACAGGAUCCUCUAACCGUAGCACAGAUGUAAGAGGCAAUACUGGUCGCAGAUCAUCCAUCUCUGGAGAGAAGCCACUAGAGCGUCCACAGAAAGCUCCUCUAAACAAGACUCCCAUCACCCGAAUGCGUGCCAGCAGUGCCAAGUAUACCAGCAGCACAGCAAGCUCGAGGAGGCGGCAGAAGGGCUCAGACUAUACUUCUACCUCAGAUGAGGAGUAUGACUCCAACCAGAACACUCCUAAACCCAAACGCUCCCAACCCUCCUUAGCUUCUCACAGCACGCACAGCCAGCCCCGCCCCCUGCCUGUGGUCGCCCUGCGCCCAGCAGCCCGGAGCAAGGACUCAGAGGAUGAGAACAAUGAGGGGGAAGCCUAUCACAACUGGUCUACUCACAGCGCAGAGAUUGCACGGUUAAGUCAGGACCUGGCGAAAGACCUUGCCAUUCUGGCAAGGGAGAUCCAUGAUGUCGCAGGAGAUGGAGACUCUCAAAACCCUGGAGCAGAGAGCAGAGCAUCUUCUACUGUGACGGCUCAUCCACAGCUCACUGGGCAUAUUCCAGAGAAUCGCUUAAACACUCAAAGAGGCCCCUCAGCAUAUUCUGCAGGUCCAACUGAACCAAUCCCUAAACUAAACCACCAACAGAGCAUCAGACAGCGGGACGAGAACAAAGAGGAGGUACAAAUGGACAAUCAGCUGGAUCCUGUGUCUCACAUCAUUAACACCAUUAAAGAAAACACAGAGGAGCUUAGUGAAAAAAUAAAGGUCCUGUUUCAAGACAAGAUGGACAUUUGGGAGGAAAUCGAAACAAAGAUUUCUGCUGAUGAUGAUAUGCCAGUUUUGAAAACCUCAAAUAAAGAUAUUGCAUCAAUUUUGUUGGAGCUCAGACGAGUUCAACGGCAGCUUGAGGUCAUGAACACAGUUGUGAAACCCAGUGACCACCUCGAGGUCACCAGGGCAUCCAGUGCGGCGUCGUCUUCAUCUGGAGUGCGUCCGUCCAGAGUUGUGUCAUCACAGGAAUGGAGGACCACCCCGUCUGUGUCCAGAAGAGGAGGCGGGCCAAGACCAGGGGCCCGAUUCAGGAGUGUUGCCAUAGCAUCUGAUGAUUGCAGAGAGGGCUACUUGGUCUGAGAUAUAACACUAACACACACACACACACACACACACACACACUUACACUUUAAGCAAUGGUGCUAAACAACUGUGCAUUUUAUCUCCAAGGAGGAAGUGAGAUGGGGUAUAGAAGUGUUCCUUUAAAUGGUUACACUUAAAAAACAAAAAACUUUGAGAAGUGGUGAAUCAGCCAGUCACCACUACCCCAUAAAUUUUUCUAUAGCAAAGCCACCAGUAGGGGGCAGUACAGUCAAUCUUUCUAUAUAAAUAAAACCUAUAAUGCCUGCUGAACUACUUUGCUGUACUUCAAAGCUAAGAACCGCCCUGAGAAAUGUAGUGUAAAUUUGCUGAAGGAACAAGGGUUAUUCUUCAGAUAUCAUCAACUUAAGGGUGUGAUGGGAGACUUCAGUGCCAGAUAAACUGCUUUUCUAUGAGAUUUUUCCAUGUUUCAUCAUUAAUGUUAUCUGCACCUUGGUUGUGUUGUCUGAAUGAACACAAAUGAGCAGUCGUUUGUUGGAAGUGUCUCAGGAAUGUGUGGGCUGAAUAGAAGGCGGGGCUUGGCUACUUAGCAACUCUAAACUCCAAUGACUCUGGGGAGGCUUUAGUUUUCUUCUAUUUAUCUAUUUAUAUUACUUGUCUUAAAGGCCUUAUAUAGACCAUAGCUAAAUUGUUCAUUCUGUGUGUUUAUUUUUUUUAAAAUAAAGCACAAAUAGAUUAUUUCAUUUUGCCCAUGACAAUCAAAUUCUUGUGACUGAUUGGUCAGUUCAUGCACACAGCGAUUCUUUAUCAUACACUACAGUUGAAUGAAGAUUCUAUGGUAGGAAUCUCUCUCUAGUAGUAUCUUUUUAUUGUUUUGUUUUUGUUUGUAUGAUUUUUACUUUAUUAGUUUGUCAUCAGCUGUUGGAUUACCGCAUCGUAUAUAUGUAUAAAUAAGAAUUACCUCUCAGUUUAUUCUUUUGCACUAAUUGUGUACCACAUGACCACCUCAACGUGACUUGAGUGUGUAUACCUGUACGUUUUUCCCCUUCUUCCCACUUCUGAAUGUAAUUUAAUUAGAAAUGGGAAGUUUCUGUAAGUGCCCCAAAGCUGUGUGGAAGAGCUCUUCAUUCACCAGCCACAUAGUUGUUUACAGACAAAACACUGAAUGUCAUUUUCACUUUUAAAAAAUAAUUUGCUGCUAUUUAUCUGCAAUGGGAUUGUAUCAGCCCUCUGCUUUCCUCCAGUAUGUGUCAAACGUAUGGCUCUUUGUGUUUCUUUAAAGUAGAAAUUGUGAGCUGUAUUAUUCUUUUAAUUAUUUGUAAGUAAUUGAUGGGCUGUAAAUGUAUUUCUUUACAAAAUAAAAUAUAUCAAAACGUA